CUUCCGCUGCCUGUUCCCCAACUUUUUGCUUUUGGCGGCCGCGUGUCUGCUCAUGCUGGUCAUCUUGAUCAAGUUUCUGGCAUCGCUGCAGCUGUCCUCGCGCCGCAAGCCGCAGAAGCACGACAAGUUUGUUAUCUGUCAAGUGCCCUGCUACACUGAGGGCGAGUCGUCCCUGCGCCUAACUAUAGACUCGUUGGCGACGCUCGGAUACGACGACAAGCACCGCCUGCUAUUUAUUAUUUGCGACGGCAACAUUGUUGGUCUGGAAACGAUCGCCCAACGCCACGCAUUGUGCUAGACAUCCUGGGCGUCGACCCCAAGCUCGACCCGCCCCCACGCUCUUUCCGCUCUAUCGGUGAGGGCGGACAGCAGCACAAUAUGGCCAAGGUGUACUCGGGCUUGUAUGAGUACGAGGGCCAUGUUGUGCCAUACCUCGUUGUGGCCAAGAUCGGCAAGCCAACCGAAAAGUCGCGCCCUGGAAAUCGUGAUGCUGCUGUGCACUUCCUCAACCGCGUGCACUUUGAGGCGCCGAUGUCGCCACUGGACCUUGAAAUCUACCACCAGAUGAAGAACGUCAUUGGAGUGCAUCCAUCGCUCUAUGAGUACCUGCUCAUGGUCGACGCUGACACAGAGGUGAUGCCCGACUCGCUGACACGCCUGGUUGCCUGCAUGGUUCACGACGCCAAGGUGAUUGGCAUUUGUGGCGAGACCCAGCUGACAAACGAGGACUUUUCGUGGACGACAAUGAUCCAGGUGUACGAGUACUUUAUCUCCCACCACAUGGCCAAGGCAUUUGAGUCGCUGUUUGGGUCCAACGUCGUCAACGACUACUCCGAAAACCACGUCGACACCCUGCACAAGAAGAAUCUUUUGUCGCUCGGCGAGGACCGCUACUUGACCACGCUGAUGAUGAAGUACUUUUCGCAGUACAAGAUGACAUUUACAGCCGACGCCAAAUGCCGCACUACGGCGCCAGACACAUGGUCAGUGCUGCUGUCGCAGCGCCGCCGCUGGAUUAACUCGACAGUGCACAACCUGGUGGAGUUGGUAUUCCUGCCCGAGAUGUGCGGGUUUUGCUGCUUCUCAAUGCGCUUUGUUAUUGCCGACAUCGGAUACAUCUCGCUGAUCCUCAUUGGCGCUAUCUACGGUCUACAGGCGGUUAUUUUUGUGAUCAAGCGACAGUGGCAGCAUGUCGGAUGGAUGAUCAUCUAUUUGCUUGCGUACCCGCUGUGGUCGUUCUUCAUUCCGAUCUACGCGUUCUGGCACAUGGACGACUUCUCGUGGGGUAACACGCGCAUUGUCGUUGGCGAGGACGGCAAGCGGCAGAUAUUUGUCAAAGAUGAAGAGCCGUUUGAUCCUGAUGAGAUCCCCAUGCGCACCUGGGGCGAGUAUGAGGGCGAGAUAUUCAAGCGCCAGCAGCAGAUCCAGGAGAUGGAGGCGGUUGCACAGGCUAUUGACGAGUUUGGCAAUGCCGGAGUGCGCCCAGUCAGCCGCUUCACCCAAAUCCCGGGCCUCGACGGGACAGCAUCCCAGCAGCCGCAGCAGCGCAUGUCAAUGUACUCGACUGGUAUGCCGGAUUCACUGGCAUUCGGCAUGCAGCAGCAGCAGCCGUAUAGCCCGGCUGCAUACAGCCUCUAUUUCGGCAGCAUGGCCAACGGGCUCGCGCCACCACCUCAACCGCCGCAGCCGGUAGCCACGUCGAUAUACAACCUGAUGCAGGUUCCAGCUGUCAGCCAGAUGCCCGCGGACGAGUCUAUCGCUGCAGCCAUAUCGGGCAUCCUCGACUCGUCGGACCUGGCAAGCGUGUCAAUGAAGGAGGUGCGCGACGAGCUGUCGCGCAUAUUUGGCAUAGACAUGUCGGUGCGCCUGCAGGCGAUGAUUCAGCGCCGGUCCUAA